UGCGCAGGCGCAUGGGUGACGGAGGGGGAACCAGCCUCACAGACAGCGCGGUCGAGGUGGGGGUGCUCCCGGCGGGCGGAUCCGGCAACUCCCUGGGAGGCAGACACAGGCAGACGGGCGGGUGCUGGGGACCGGGCUGCGGCAGUCCUCGCGUGUCUGUGAAGGAGUCGGUGGCCCCAGCAGGCGCCAGCCAGUUUAAAAAAAAAAAAAUAGAAAUCACUUGUGACUACAUUGUAUAGCAGAAACGAAGUGACACUGCAGACCAUGGCACUACCGUUCCGGAAGGACUUAGAAAAGUACAAGGACCUGGAUGAAGAUGAGCUCCUUGGGAAUCUGUCAGAAAUAGAACUGAAACAACUGGAAACUGUGCUGGAUGAUCUUGACCCUGAGAAUGCCCUUCUGCCUGCAGGGUUCCGGCAGAAGAACCAGACCUCGAAGCCCGCCACGGGGCCCUUUGAUAGAGAACACCUCUUGUCGUAUCUGGAGAAGGAAGCUUUGGAGCAUAAGGACCGGGAAGACUAUGUGCCCUACACUGGAGAGAAAAAAGGGAAAAUAUUCAUCCCUAAACAGAAACCUAUCCAGACUUUUACAGAAGAAAAAAUCUCUCUUGAUCCAGAAUUAGAAGAAGCUUUGACAAGUGCUUCUGAUACAGAACUGUGUGACCUCGCAGCUAUUCUUGGAAUGCACAAUUUGAUAACAAAUACACAGUUCUGUAAUAUAGUGGGAAGUAGUAAUGGUGUCGACCAAGAAAAUUUUUCAAAUGUGGUAAAAGGUGAAAAGAUGGUCCCAGUAUUUGAUGAGCCACCAAAUCCAACCAACGUUGAAGAGAGUUUAAAGAGAAUUAAAGAAAAUGAUGUUCGUCUUGUUGAAGUUAAUUUGAAUAAUAUAAAGAAUAUUCCAAUUCCAACCCUGAAAGAUUUUGCGAAGGCUUUGGAAACCAACACACAUGUGAAAUCUUUAAGUCUUGCAGCCACACGGAGCAAUGACCCUGUUGCUUUUGCUUUUGCAGAUAUGCUGAGAGUGAACAAAAAUUUGAAGAGCUUAAAUAUGGAGUCCAACUUUAUCACAGGAGCUGGGGUUCUAGCACUGAUUGAUGCUUUAAGAGAUAAUGAGACCUUGGCCGAGCUCAAGAUUGACAAUCAGAGGCAACAGCUGGGGACAGCUGUAGAAUUGGAAAUGGCGAAGAUGCUUGAGGAAAAUACAAAUAUCCUUAAGUUUGGAUAUCGGUUUACACAGCAGGGACCCCGAACCAGGGCAGCUAACGCUAUAACGAAAAACAAUGACUUAGUUCGCAAGAAGCGAGUGGAAGGAGACCACCCAUAACCUGCCGAGACAUAACCUUCGGGAGACUUCGGAAGGUCAUCGGGACUCAUGUUGGUUAUAUCAGAUAUAAAAUUUUCCUGGGUUGAAGGGAAAAGACUGGAAAUUCUUCUUUUUGCUUUUUUUUUUUUUUUUUUUUAACUACAUGUAUAUUUUUCUAGUUUAAGUUACAAGUUUCAAACUGUAAAAUCAAUAAUGGGUAAUAUUUUAUAUUUUAAAGCAUUAUUUCUACUUAAAUCAAUUUUAAUUUAGCUUAAUUGAGUGGUUUAUGCUGGGUCUUGGUUAAAAAAAAAAAUACAAUUAGGAAGUCACAUGUAGAAUAAUAUGAACAUUUUAAGGACCAAAAUCUCUUGGUUAGAAAAAAGGGACAUUGCUGAUAUCAGACUUGCUGUGUACCUCAUAGGUACAAGCGCUUCAAAGCUUCCUGAUUCCAGGAAGGGAGAGACUUCCAUCAGAACACACGCGCUUGGAAAAUUCUAUCGAGAAAGCACAAUGCCAGAAUUUUAUACCAGGUGACUCAAAAUCUAGUCAUCUGUUUAGAAGUAAAAGCAGGCCUGUAGGCGAAAGAAAAUGCAUUCCAGGUGGCUGCACUUGUCUGUGUUUAGCAACACCGUUAAGAGUAUAGUGAUGUCUACACUGAUUACAGUGUUUCCUUUUCAUACUGUGGACUGCAUUAGGUUUUUGUGAAAGCCCGUAGUAAAAAGCAUCUGAGUAGGAAAGUUAUUCUCUUCCUGUAAAAGGCAGAUAGCCAACUCUUGGUUACGUAGGGUAAGAGAAAAAGAAUGCUGGUGUUUACAGUAAAUGUGAUGGAGGUGAAGUCUGAGGAGCAUGCAAAACGGUCCGUUAAACUGGUGGUUCCUAUAAAGCAAAUUAGACAUGGCAUGCGUAUAAAUCAGUGUUCCUGUAUGCAGUGCAGAUUCCAUAAACGUAUUUAAUCAUUACUCACUACAGAUUUUCCAAACAGGAAACCUGCUCUUCUUCAUAAACCCAGUUUUUAUUGUUUCCUGUUAUCGUGUACUUUUUUUGUCCAAAUUGUGUAAGUAAUUUCUCAUAACAAAGUUGUCUUCCUGUUACUCCAAGAGCCACAGUGAACAGUGUGCUGUGGUGGCACUGACCCCAGGCCGCAGUGCCAGGGAGGACGUGGGCCUGUGUCCUUGCCCUGUUUCAGGGCAGCCUCUGGCCCGGAGCUGCCGAAAACAGGGCCAGAGGAAUCCGAGGAACCCUGGCCUCAGAAAUUCAGGCCCGGCAGUACCAUGUACAGGGACAUUUUUCUAAGGGAGAACCUCAUUUCAGAGGAGCAGACAGGUCUGUUGUCAAUUUUUU